AUGUCGGCCACCGGACCAUGCAAAUCCUUCAACGGCAUGAAGGGCUGGGGCUUCAUUGACUAUGGCGGCCAGGACGUGUUUGUGCACAUCAAGGACUGCACCGGAGGUCAGCCGGCUCCAGGUGACAUGCUGAGCUUCGACCUCGAGGAGUCCCAGCCGGGUAGGUUCAAGGCCAAGAACGUGAACGGCGGCACCGCCCCGCGCGACCAGGACGCCAUGAUGGGCAAGGUCACCCCCGUGGAAGGCACCGGCGCCUACACCGGCUCCGUCAAAUCCUUCAACGUGCAGAAGGGCUUCGGCUUCAUUUCCAUGGAGGGCGGUCAAGACGUCUUCGUCCACAUGAAGGGCUGCGUAGGCACUUUGCCGAAUGCUGGCGACAUCGUGAAGUUCGACAUGGAGCCAAGCCCCACCAAGCCCGGGCAGUUCCAGGCCAAGAACGUCACCGGUGGCACCGCUCCCUUCCAACAGCCUGGCAUGAUGGGCGGCAUGGGCAAGGGCUACGGCAUGGGAAUGAUGGGAGGCAUGAUGGGCCCCUACGGCAAGGGGAAAAUGGGCAAGGGCGGCUAUGGCGGCUACGGAGGAUACGGCUGGUAA